UGAGUUGCUGAAGCAGGUCACUAGUGAGGCGUCAGAAGCAAACAAAUUCAAGCUGAUGCCUAGGUAUGUAUGGUGGGAGCUUAGACCUGAGGUAAUGAAGGUAGCGGCCGGGGCAAAUGGUGAGUGGACAAAGUUUAAAGAGGAAAUGCAGAGACGUUUCAAGUUAGGUGACGGCCUGCUCACCAAAGAAGACCUGGAAAUGUUGAGACGGGGCGAGUUCUCUACAGUGGGGGCCUUCGCCACGACGUUUGAGAAAAUGGCAAAGAAAGUCCAAGGGUUGGCAGAAGAGGAGCAGUGUGCCACUUUCCUAGGGCACUUCAAGAACUGGGAGGGCUCGUCGCUAACUAAGAAGGCUGCUCCAGGAAAGAAACUCACUUGGGCUGCCAUAAAGGAAGGUGUAAUGGACGGAGAACUGGACCAGGUAGUCAUCUUCCAGAUGAGGCAGGCUAGGAAGAAGAGGAAGGCUUUGGAUGCCACCACGAGUGAUGGACGUGAUUUCAAGAAAAUGAUAGAGGACGCGGUCGCCCAGCUCGACGCAAAGAAGGAGGCAAAAAGGAAAACCAUGGCAGCGCCACAGAUCGUAGGGAAAGCGAAAAAGGCAGUAGUGCAGGAAAAGGAAGAAGAGGAAGAGGAAGAGGAGCCCGAGCCUCAAAAGCUGACUAAGGCUCAGAGGAAAGCAAGGAACUUGGCUCAAGGGGGCCAAGGCUCGGGGAGGGGUCAAGUCCCGCAGGCUGUGGCAAUGCCCCCUCCUGAGUCGUCCUAUCAAGCUGUAUCAGCACCCUAUGGGCCAUGGCCAGGUUGUGGGCCUUCGAGUCAUUGGCAUGGACACUGUUCAUACGCCCUGUGGCCCAUGAGUGGGCCACAUGGAUCAUGUGUCGGACCGUCAAUGAGCGCGGCUUCCUGUGGCUGCCCAGGACCCCAAGCCCAACAAGAAGUUGUAGAACCUCCCGUGAAAGAGGAGGAGGAGGAUGACCGCCUAAGGAACGAGGAGGGUGAAAAGGCGGAGCAAAGAGCCAAGAAGAGAGGCGUUAAGGCCGAUACGAAAAAAGUCCCAGAGCAGAAAAGAAAGAAGUAUACAGUUAGGGUGGAGAAAGGAUUCGACGUGGAAGAGAUUAUGGACCGAAUCCUUGAAGGACAUAACCACCUCAUGAACUUGAAAGAUGUCUUGGCAUCAGUGCCGAGACUGCGAGAAGAGCUCAAGGCACGUUUGUGCAGGAAGAUGGUGGCUAGCGUACGGUUAGGGGCCAUAAUCCCUAAGGAAGCUGAGUGGUCGGAGACCGGUACGAAAAUGAACUGGAAGUCCGUGGCGUGCGGGUGUUUUGAUGUUGUUGUAAAGAGGAAAGCAUGCACGGCAAUGGUGGACACAGGCGCAGAAAUGAACCUCAUCAAGGAGGAGGAUGCCCUGCGCCUGAGGAUGGAGAUAGACCGCUCCGACAAUGGUAUUUUGGUAGGAGCAAAUAGUCGGUCCAUUUUUGUGGGGACCGCAUCCAAGGUGGUGCUGGAGAUCGGGAAGUGGAUGAUGGAUCUGGCCUUGGCAGACAAACACCAGUUGGGUGAGGACCUGAUCACGAUGGAGGAUGGAGCCCGGCAAGUGGAGGAUCAUGAAAGGUCUGUAGGAGGGGUUUACCUCCUGGCCAAUGCCUUGUUGCAGGAGGAAGUGGCCAGAAACGCUGGGCAGGAUCAGGAAAGGGGUGAGAAUGUGAUCUAUGAGAGGGAGGACGAUGAUUUCAAAGAAGGCGAGAUUAAGGAGGCUUUUCGAGCAGAAGAGUAUGAUGGGGUUUAUCUUGAACUCGGAAUGUUUCUUUCGUGUGAAAUAAGAGAAAGAGAUGCCAGCGAGAAAGUCUUGAAGAUGAGACCGAACUUUCUGGUAAGGGAUGAACACCUGUUCAUGAAGAGCAAGGGGAGGAAUCCCAGGAGGGUAGUUUGUGGCAUAACUCGUCAGAUCGAUGUCAUCGCCGCCCUGCACGACGGCACAGCUGGAGGGCACAGGAACUUGCUCACGUUGAAGGGAGUAAUGAAGGAAGGAUUUGCAGCCGCACGAGCAUCAGAUCAGAAGAUUGGAGAGAGGUUGACCAACGUGGCUCAGAAGGCAUAUGGUCAGAGGGUGGAAUGGGAGCAAGAGACUAGGGAUCUGAAAGAGAACCAGGAGAGACAGGAUCGCGAGUUGCACACAAUGAAGGUGGAACUGGAAAAGGCUUGGGCUGGCAAUGAGGCAAUUAGGCAGGUGAACCAGACCCUCGACAAGGUCAACGAGGCUCUGAGGGCCUACCUGCAGGCUCAACAGGCUUCCUUCCAGACAAAGGAGGUAAAGUGGGAGAAAAGAAUUAAGGAGCUGGAAGCGAAGCUCGAGCAGAGGGCUCCCACAACUUUGGUGGAUUGGACUGAGGUCCAAGGAUUUGAAAUGAAGAAGCCACCUGCAGAGGAAGCCUUCUAAAGUCAGAAGGAGGAAGAAAAGGCUGGUCUACAAGAAGGAGAAGAUGUGCCACUGUU